UUAUGACUCGCGCUGAAGCGCCUAGUCCUGGCUUUUGCAGCAGUGUUGUCGGUGGUCGGUGGCUGUCUUUUCCCGUUUCUACCGAGCCUUUUCCGUGGUGUUGCUGCUCUCGUCACCGCCUCCACCGCCUACUCUGCGGGAACAUGGUGUGCUUCCGCCUCUCCCCGGUUCCAGGCUCGGGGCUCGUUCUGCUCUGCCUCGUCCUGGGAGCUGUCUCAUCUUAUGCAUUAGAGCUUAAUUUGACAGAUUCAGAAAAAGCCACUUGCCUUUAUGCAAAAUGGCAGAUGAAUUUCACAAUAUGCUAUGAGACUACAAGCAAAAAUUAUACAACUGUAAACAUUUCAGACCUUGGCAAUGCAACAUACAGUGGAAGCAUCUGUGGGGAUUAUCAGAAUGGUUCCAAAAUCGCGGUGCAAUUUGAAUCUGGUUUUUCCUGGACAGUGAAUUUUACAAAGGAAGUGUCUACUUAUUCAAUUGACAGCAUUUCAUUUACCUAUGACACUAGUGAUAACACAACAUUUCCUGAUGCUAAAGAGAAAGGACUGUUUACUGUUUAUGACACUGUGGCGUUUGGAAUUCCAUUGAAUGACAUCUUUAGAUGCAAUAGUAUAUCAACUUUAGAAAAGAAUUGUGUAGUCCAACACUAUUGGGAUGUUCAUGUACAAGCUUUUGUCCAAAAUGGCACAGUGAGCACAAAAGAGUUUCUGUGUGAUAAAGAUAAAACUUCAACCACAGUGGUGCCCACUACUGUGCCAUCUCCUACUACAACACCUACUCCAAAGGAAAAACCAGAGAUUGGAUCCUAUUCAGUUAAUAACGGCAAUGGUACUUGUCUUCUGGCUACCAUGGGGCUGCAACUGAACAUAACUCAAGAUAAGGUUGCUUCAGUUAUUAACAUCAACCCCAAUACAACUGACUUCACUGGCAGCUGCCAUUCUCAAACUGCUCUACUUAGGCUGAACAGCAGCAACAUUAAAUAUCUUGACUUUGUCUUUGCUGUGGAAAAUGAAAACCGAUUCUAUUUGAAGGAAGUGAAUGUCAGCAUGUAUUUGGUUAAUGGCUCUGUUUUCAGCAUUGCAAAUAACAAUCUUACCUACUGGGAUGCCCCCCUGGGAAGUUCUUAUAUGUGCAAUAAAGAGCAGACGGUUUCAGUGUCUGGAGCAUUUCAGAUAAAUACCUUUGAUCUUAGGGUUCAGCCUUUCAAUGUGGUAGAAGGAAAGUAUUCUACAGCUGAAGAAUGUUCUGGUGACUCUGACCUCAACUUUCUUAUUCCUGUUGCAGUAGGUGUGGCCUUGGGCUUCCUUAUAAUUGUUGUCUUUAUCUCUUAUAUGAUUGGAAGAAGGAAAAGUCGUACUGGAUAUCAGUCUGUGUAGUCAAUUAAAUUUAGUGCUUCUUGUUAUUUGCCAUCAGGUUUCCAUUGGCUAAAAGCCAGGAAAUGCUACGCAAUCGAUUGUUUGAUAUGCAGACUAACCUCACUGAAUUGCUAGCUAACUUGGGCAUGAGUAGCACUUAAGAAAAAAUGUAUUCGGACCAGUUUCUUUUGUUUUUCUAUUUUCCUUCCUUUGUUAAAGUGUAAUUGAAAAAAAAAUUGUGGCUUAGACUAUGUUUUUUUAGUAAUAAUUUUAAGCCUUUGGAUCCAAUUAUGAAAGAAUUUCUACUUGAAGUAUAAUUUUAUGUUGCAGUUACUUGUAUUUUGCUACUUUGUUUGAUAUUUGCAAAAUUAAAGCUGUUAUGGAGGCAAACAUAAAAUUUGGUUCAUAAUAAGACUGACUUUCCUAACCUCCUGAUCAGGAUUAUUUAAAUCUGUGUUUUUCUGUUAGUUAAAAAAAGAAGGAAAGAAAUGGCUUCAUGAUACUGUGUUUAAUAGCAAAAGUCUGGCUGUUUUCUUUAUUACUGUUAGUGGCUACUAUAUCUUAACAAGGAUGUAUUUUUUUUCCCUUCUGGAGUUUGGAAUAUUUUGAUUAUCUCAGACUUGACAGGAUGAAGUAAGAUCUUCAGCUUUUAAAAAAGGUAUUGAUAUAGAGUAGGUAGGUUAUGGUUUUUUAGGGUUAUGAUUUACAAUGUGAUUUUUCCCCCUUAGAGUCUUAACUUGUUCAGAAAGUUAAUUCAUCCUCCAUUAAAAAACAAAACAAAACUUCUAUACUUUGUGUACCUCCUGCACUCUCCCAUUCCCUAUAUGAAUAAGUUCUAAUUGAUAUUUUUAAGUAUUGAUUUCUUUCUUCUCAAAGCUUCUAGUGGGCCCUGAAGUGUCAUCUGUCAGAUGGCUGCCUAGCCAAAACUGGACUAUGAUUAUUUGUGUUGAUCUCGAUAUAGACAUAUCCUGGUAGAGACCUCUAGUCUAGUGGCUCUGGCUUUUGGAGUAAGGUACUAGAGACCACUCAUCCCAGUAUCUGAUUGGUUGGCUAGGCUGUUGAAUUGCCCUUUGAUUUGGAAGUACAGUGUUGUAUUUCUCUAGGGCUCAAAUGGCUGCUUUGUACACCUGUUAUUAGCAUAAAGCAGAUGUUUAUUAUAUCAAGCAAUUUUAUCCCCAUAUAACUAAAAACAAAAGUUUCCAAAGAUCUACCUUCACUUCAAAAAUGUUCCAUAGGAUUAAAAAAUUAAGCUUAAAUCUUAAGCGAAGUUAGUUUGUUAUUAAAUGCAAGGAUCAAGUCCCCAUCUACCUCUCAGCACAAUGCAGAUGUUCACCACUGUAUUGUUGCCAUCAACUGAUGCCAGAAGUCUUUGCCAAUAACUGGAACUAGAACAUUUUGUUAAAAAGAAAGAAAAUUUAUCAACUAUUUUACCUAUAUAUGCAUCUCAAAAGCACAUAUUCCAAACGAGUAGAAAGUCAGGUUGCUCAAUUACUUCUCCCUUAGAACAUUCUAGUUCUGACUUGCAGAUUCAAGCUCUCCUCUAUUUGCUAAGUGUAUAAAAAAUGUUUUCUUUUUAAAUGUUCUCCUGUGAAAACAAUUGCUUGUUUAUUAUUUGGUCAAAAUGAUGGCACCAUAAAGAACAGUGGCUUCAUUUCAAUAAAUAUUUUUGAGAUGAUUGUCUAGAAGCUAGAUUAUUUAUAUCAGUUGUGACCUUGCUAAGUAUAUGAAUUAGAAAUUGAGAUACAUUAAAAAUUACAGAUUCAUUUAAAAGUCUUCUACCUUUUAAGUAUGAGACUAAUAUCACUAAUUCUUCAUUAAGUAUCAUGGCAUUCUCUUAGAUAAUUAGCAAAUGUGUGCUUAAUCUUCUUUGAGAAUUAAGAUUAAAAUACAAAAUACUAACAGAGGGUUAAAACAAACACUGCUUCAACUCCGAUAAAAUACAGGAAGCCCCAAAUCUAUGAACUGAGUGUUCAAUUAGCUUUGCCCACUGAAUUCAUUUUUAUGUUAGUACAACAGUGGAUCAGACAGUAGGACUUUGAGCUCAUGAAUAAAAACAAUUGUUUUUUACCUAAGCUUUGAAAGAACUGAUGCUUGCUGCUAACUAAAGUUUUGGAUAUAUCAAUUUAAUGAACUAAGUAAUACCUGCAAAAUAAAGCAUAUUGUGGUACUCCUGUUUGAUCUGAUCUGUGUGAUUUUUAGAUCAAUGGAUUAAAAGUAAUAAAGAUCAUACAAUCCAUAUCACCAUGGGUAACUUCAUUUUUAUUCCAUGUGCACAGCCUUAAGAGCUUGGAUUGAUUUGUAUAAUCUAAGUUCCUCAAAUUCUAGUCUCUUGAAUUGUCAAUAGGAAUCGUAUGAUCUCAUAGGUCUGCAAAUUAACCAAGUGUGUUAUGAAGGCAUUAGAACCAUUAGUUCAGACACUUCAGAUAUGUGGGGGCCUAUCUGUUCAUGAAAAUUCCAAGAAAAUAUUGUGAAUAAAAUAUGGAAAUCUAACAAAUGUAAGAGCUUCUUAAUAAAUGUACUUUUAGCAUACA